CGGUUUUUUCACGUGAAGUAUCGUUUAUUUUCGUCGCACCAAAGAAGGCAUCGAUACUCUUAUUAUUUCCUCUCUAGUGAAAUUGAAUACCACAAGAACUCGAAGAGAGCACGAACCAUGAAGCUUGUCAACACAGAUGAACCCGAGGUUCCAAUUCCGACUGUGCACGCCUCGAAAACAAAGAACAGGCGCAGGAGAAAACGGAGCAUGACCAUCUCCGCCGAGAACUACGACGGAGGUCUAGKYGAGUUUCUGAUGACGAAUUCGUCGAACACUUKCCGCCACAAAAAGCAUCCCCAAGAAACUGAGGAUCUCAGAAGUUCAAACGACCUCGAUGACUGCGACGAUACGUCGUCUCUCACUAGUGGUCUAGAGUCGACGUAUUCCUACAACUCGAGCAGUCUCCUUUCCGCAUCGACGCGAUCCACGGUSUCGUCCCUCGGCAGCACCAGCAGCAGUCUGCGAUCUUCCAGGAGCAGCUCGAAGCAAUCAAGACGACGAGAAAGAGAGCGARYCAAGCCAACAGAAGAAAUCGUCUUUGAUCCGACCCUAGUGCCGAGCAAGAGCUGCUUAAAGAACAACCUUUGCUCUUCCCGGAGCAAACGGCAGACACACGGAACCACCAUCAAGAUCUACCUUCCUGGAAACCCUGAACCUGUCGCMAAGCACCGAACGAUCAACUUCAACGAACAAGUUAGCGUUCGUGAGGUCCGUUCGGCCAAGUCCCUCCUCCGCAACAAGGCCCAGUACCUCUGGUUCCAACCGCAUGAACACGCCGAGAUCAAGCACGGCAUCCAGAAGAUCCUCAAUGCCGUCAACGCCGAGGGCACCUCCAUUACUAAUGGUCGCAAGUAUUGCGUACGAGGCCUCGAGCGGUUCCGGAAUCCCGACGAGUGCUUCUUACAGCGUGCCAAGGCCAGCGAGGCCGUGGUCAUGGAGCAAUACCUGCAACGGGCGGAGGGGAAUUUCGAUCCCGCAGAAAUUUCCGCUGUCUACAUCGCGGCCUCGAAACCGAGCCAGCGGCUCGCCUCGCGACGGGGAAUCAAGGAUGCUAUCAUUGCCGAAAGCAUACUGGGGACACGUUUCCGAACUCUCGUCGGUGGGGGUGGGUUUUCGAUGUCGUCUUCGUUGUCACCGGUAAAUUCUCMGACAUCAACGUCUCGCAAGUCCUUUUCUGCGCGRGAAUCGCGUACAAGCCGAGACCUUUCCCUGCCGCCAUCGCCGGAGUCGUCCCGCAAGUCGCUCUCCAUGCGAAUGUCGCGCAGCAAGUCCAACGGAAGGGCCUCGCAAUCUCCUUCCUCAACAAGGAAGGAGAAACCCAGGCAAAAGAGGAAGACGAAACGAAGUACUACCGGUACGGUAUCCGGAUGCAGACCACCUCUCAAAGGUGAAACACCCAGCUACCUACCUAGCUAUCUAGUAAUUUCUAAUUAGCUAGCUAGCUUGUAAUUUUCGAAUCGGUGCUGAUCGGCUUGGAACAGCCCAGUUUGAUUUUGACAUUAUUUUUUUAAUAGAUAGAAUAGAACUCA